AUGUUACUUUUACCACAUGUAACCACCUCACCAAAGUACGGGUUUCAUUCUUCCACUGCAGAAAAUGACCUUCUGUACAUCAUCUCUGGAAAAGAUGAAAGUAUCAUCAAGAAAGUCCAUUCAAGUGACAACACUACCAUAUCGGAUGUUGCUAGGAUUAAGGACUGGGAACCAAUUAGUAUUUAUUCAUCAAAACUUAACGGUGACAUUUUUGUUGGGGUGAAAAAAGAUGAACGCGCAAAAAUUAUACGCUUUAGUCAGGAUGGACGUUUGCUUCAAGAAAUAGAAAGGGAUAGAAAUAAAGACCCAAUUUUUCAAGAGCCACGAUACAUUACAGGAGAUUCCAAUGGGAAUAUUUGGGUGACAGACUGGAACACAAAAAGAAUGGCUUACGGAAAGAUAAUUAUUUUAGAUGAAAAUGGCGAAUAUUGUUCAUCCUAUCCUCAGCAGAAAAACGAAAGGUUCUACCCAGCCGGCAUAUCUUGCGUUGAGGAAGGGCCAGCUAUAGUCUUGGAGGGGGAAACUGGAAAAGUUAUGGUAUUGGAGAAAUCAUUUCAGAUGCGACAACUCGAUAUCCAUGCCUUCAAAGAAACCCCGGGUCUAAAUGCAUGCGGUUUGUGUGUUGGGAACACUUGCUUGUAUGUUAGUGCUGGUGGACCAUAUAUAGCUGUUUAUCAUUUAAGCAAAUGA